CCCAAAAUGUCCACCAAAAUUAUGUUCAUGGCCUCUUCACUAUUCCAAGUCCGGCCACUGACCUGCGCGGCCGCCGGUGGCCUCUCCUCCGGCCGGUUGGUCCCGCAGCCACCAGACUUAAUCAAAUGGGUGAAAAGAGAAGGUGGGUUUGUCCACCAGGCGGUGAGGGUAGCACAACAACUAGAUGGACUUGGCCUGAUUGCAACUGCAGAAAUCCCAAAAGGGUCUGACCUGAUUGUUCUUCCAGAACAUAUUCCGUUGAGGUUUGAGGCUUCUGAAGCUGAUUCUGAGAAGGGGUCCUACUCUUCUUUGAUUAAACUUGCUCAGCAUAUUCCUGAGGAGCUUUGGGCUAUGAAACUGGGUUUGAAGCUCUUGCAAGAAAGAGCAAAAAAGGAUUCCUUCUGGUGGCCAUACAUCAGCAACCUCCCCGAAACUUAUAGUGUGCCAAUUUUCUUUCAAGGAGAAGAUAUAAAGAACUUGCAGUAUGCUCCGCUCCUUUCUCAGGUGAACAAAAGAUGUCGGUUUCUUCUUGACUUUGAUAAAGCAGUGAAAAACGAAAUUGAAAAUCUGAGAUCAGAAGAUCACCCAUUUGGAGGCCAAGAUGUGGAUGCAUCUGCACUUGGUUGGGCCAUGUCAGCAGUUUCUUCUCGAGCAUUCCGCUUGCAUGGUAAUAAACUACCAGACGGGAGCCAUAUCAAUGUCCCAAUGAUGCUUCCACUCAUUGACAUGUGCAACCACAGCUUCAACCCAAAUGCUGAAAUUGUGCAGGAACAAGAUACAGCUAAUGGGAGGAUGCUUGUGAAGGUUACAGCAGGAAUCCAAAUAAAACGAGACGACCUGUUAAUACUUAACUAUGGAAAUUUAAAUAAUGAUCUAUUUCUUCUAGAUUAUGGGUUUGUGAUACCUUCAAACCCUUACGACUGUGUGGAGCUUAAGUAUGACUCAGCUCUUCUGGAUGCUGCUAGUAUGGCUGCUGGCAUAUCAUCUCCUAACUUCUCUUUGCCAUUACCAUGGCAGCAGCAAAUUUUAUCUCAGCUGAGUCUACAUGGAGAAGAUGCUCAACUUAAGAUAAGCUUAGGAGGAUCGGAGUUAGUCGAUGGCCGUCUAUUGGCUGCACUGCGAGUUAUCCUAUCAAAUGACAAAGAGGCAGUUCAGAAACAUGAUUUGACCACACUUAGAUCAUUAUCUGCCGAAGCCCCCCUUGGAAUAUCAAAUGAAGUGGCUGCUCUUCGCACCAUUAUUGCGCUGUGCGUCAUUGCUCUUGGACACUUCCCCACCAAACUCAUGGAUGAUGAAUCCCUAUUGAAACAGAGCGUGUCUGCUUCUACUGCAUUGGCCAUCCAAUUCAGAAUCCAAAAAAAGGCUCUUAUCAUUGAUGCAAUGAGGAAUCUUACAAGGAGGGUGAAGUCACUCUCUUCAAAGGAAUCAGUUACUUUUUAGGCAUAGCAGUAUUCACUUCCGGCUUUAAAAGUUUUAGAUAUGGUUUGCAUUUCAAAAUAUGCUCAAUGUUUUAGCUGUAUCUUUCCAAUGUGAACAAAAGCGCUAAACUGAGGAUCAUUUUGAAGUGGUAUGGAUACAGAGAAAAUUGCUGUUG